AUGACCCGGCUGGACCAACUCUUCAAAAACACCCUCUACGACAUCCACGACGCCGAAACCCUCGCCCACCGCUCCCUCCUCCGCCCCCGCACCCCCUCCCAGGAGCUCGCCCGAAACCUCACAAAGCUGACACUCCACACCGGCCAUGGUGCUAGGUAUGGCACUUGCACUCCUACUAACACAGCCAGUACUGCCACUGACGUUGAUACUAGUGCCAAAACACCGGAGAUAUCAAUCGAGGAGCUAACGCACCUGUUCUCGCGGCUGUCGCUCGAGCCCGCGCCGGUGUCGCCGGGUAGUGUGCUGAUUCUGGCGCUGCGGGAGGCGGUGGCUACGCCGCUGGAAGGGAUUGCGGAGGAGGAUGAGGGGGAGGAGAGUGAUGGGACGAUGUAUAGCUGUGACGAGGGGAGUGACCGUGGCAGCGAAGGAACAGUGAACGAGUGGGAUGAGUGGCUGUUGGAGGAUGAGGAGGUGGUGGACGUGCAGGUGGGGGUGGCGGAUGAGGAUGAGGAGGAGGUGGAUGCGGAGGCGAAUAGGGUGAUGGAUGCGAUUGUGUUCAAGUCGUGGAUUCAGGUUGUGCCGUGGGUUGUUUAG